CGCUUCUCCCGCCGGGGAUGGACUGAGCCGCGCUGGCGACUCAGAGUCAGUCUUGCCCUCGCCGGGUCCCAAAGCGCCGAUCUGGGCUCCAGGCGCAGGGCUCCCGGCACCGCCUCGUCCAUUCCCAACAGACGGCCCCCGACCUGCGGACGAUCGGGGGAGAUGUCCGGUGGCCGGAGGAGGGGCAGCGCCCCCUGGCACAGCUUCUCCCGGUUCUUCGCUCCCCGAAGCCCUUCCCGGGACAAGGAAGAGGAAGAGGAGGAGAAGCCUGGGACAAGCCAGUCGCCCGCCCCGGGCGCUGCCAGUGCUGAAAAUGAGCCCAUGAGCACAAGUCAGAAAAAGGAAAAUGUACUUUCAUCAGAUGCAGUAAAGAUUCAUCAAAGUGAGGAGAAAAUAAACCAGGCUGAGAAGCUGAUCACUCUUCCAACACAGGAAGAUCCCAAAAAGGCCAAUGAUCUUGCCGGUUCCACUUCAGAUGCCAAAACCGGGGAAACUGACAGACAACCAAAAGAGAGCUUUUUUCAGUUUCUUGGUAACUUGUUCAAUAUCUCAGGAAAAUCAUCUCUUGGUGAAGCUAAGCAGUCCUCUUUCAAAGAAGGCCAUGAUAAAACUGAAAGAGACGCUCAAACUCAUGGUGACAGUCAUGAAGGGAUCCAAAGUGAGAGGGAGAUUUUCAGUGAUCCACUGGGACCCCAGGCAGUUCCAACAGAGGAACAAGAGUCCAUGUCAGUUGAACUCUCAGAUACCUUUUCUUUGGAUACAACUCAGGACAGUGAACAGGAAACCACCGAUUUGCCAAAAAAAAUUGAUGGUAAGCCAGAGAGGCCUGCAGUAACAUAUGCAACAUAUCGAGGCCCCAGACAAAUUAUGAAAUACCUAAAGCAACAGCCCAUGUUGGAAACUGUGAAUACCUCAGACAGAGAAAAUGACGGUUCUGAUUCUAGUACAAACACACACUCUAGCCCUGGAAGUGAAAUGGAGACUGAGAAAGCAGCGUUGUCAUCAGCUAGUACAGAUGUCCACUUGAAACGAUGUCUGCUUGGGGCCCCAUUAGACGACUCUGACUGUAGCAAAAUUAAUCUCAACAUAGAAAGCCAUCUGACUAACAGUCCGGGACUUCAGAACACCACUCCUUCUAAGGAUGUUUUAAAUAAAAAUGAUCCUGGAGGACCUGAGAGAAGUUGGUUAUUCUCUUCUUCUGAGACUAACACCAGCUCUACUGUUAGAGAAUCUGACUCACGGAACCAUUUAGGCUGUGUGCCACUUUCUCAAACUGACAGAAACUUGGUAUGUUCAGCAUUGUUUACAGGAAGUAAGAGUAGCAAAGUACCUUGCAGUCCAGAAUUUCAGAGGAAAACUCCAACAGAAAAUACAAGGAGAGAAAACAGCUCUGUGAUGAAUGAUGGGACACUGGAGCAAAGAAAAGAGCAUGUGGAACUUCAGGGACCUGCUGUUUCUGAUUUCUCUUGUAGUAAAUCUAAUGGGAGUGACACUACCAAACUGGAAAGUACAAAUUUGCCAAGUCCCAAUAAAUCAGUUAGGCAUGAAAACCUGCAGUUGCCAGAGAGAAAGUGUUCUAACAAGCAAACCGUAGAUAACUCAUCAAAGCAGGCUGCCCAUCAUACCAGCACCAUUGCUGUCCAGGGACAUGCUGUGACAGACACAGAACUUGUAAAUGAAGGAAAGAAGUUGUUUGCCCAAGACUCACAGAAAAAUUUGGCUGUUACAGAAAUCAGGCAAGAAAAGGCAAGUGUCUUGGCUGGCGAACCCACAACUUCAAGUCAUGUAAAAGCUCUAGAAAACAGAAUCGAAUCAUUACCCAAAGAUACCCACCAAUUGUUUGAAACAGAAGCCAAAAAGCUUGAUUUGGGACCACAUGACAAAGCUUCCACUAUGAGUAUAAAACAAAACGACCCUGCCUUUGCACAGUACAUCAGUAAAUCACCAGUUGUAGCAUGCUUAGAAAACAGACUAGAACCUGAAAUGAAUUUCAAACUUAAUAAAAAUCACCUUUCAGAAUCUCUUCUUCACGCCAAGAAACCUCAGCAAGCCAAAGUAUCACUUGAUGAUGAAACACCACUUACCCUAGACUGUAAGAAAUCACAUUUUGAUGCUUCACCUUCUACCUUUGUUUCUGGAACGGACAUUCCGAGUAAAUUUGAUAUCCCUGUUUUAAAGGAUGUACCCAUAGAAACUGGAGAUUCCAACAUUGUUGGUAUUUCUCAUCAGCCAACUAAAUGUCCAGAAAAAAAUGUGGCAAUUCAUGUUGAGGCUGUAGAUAGGAAGAGUCCUCCUUCCCUUGAGCAUGAAUCUGCAGUUCUUGAAUCCAAGGAAGCUUUUGCUGAGAGUGAAAAAUGCCAGUUUCAUCCGGGUCCUGAAAUGAGUGGCACUAUGGUGGACCCAUUGAACUCUGAGCCUGGAAGCCUCCCCAAGGAUUAUAAUUUUGUUUCAUCUCCAGACCUUAAUAAAACAGAGUUAAUGCCUACAAAGACCAAGACAAUUAAAAGCACAGUAGAGGAGUCUGAUUCCCUUCCCUUGGAAACCAAAAUUAAUAACAUUGCUAAAACUUUAUCAACAUCUGAGGUUGGUGGUCAGAACAGUGUUCCUGUUAAGUCACAUUCUGGAAGAGGAAAAUCUAUAGCCUUGCCCAAGUUAUCUGUUUGCCAAACGGAGCCCAACAGCAUUUCUCAGGGUGCAAUUUCUUCUCCAUUAGAAAUUCCAGAGGAGCCAGCAAAGCCUAUUUUAUCAGAGUUAACUUCUCUAGAAGUUGAGCAGGACAAAAGUUUUCAAUCAGUGGAACAUAGGGAGAUUAAAGACAAACGUUCAGAUGCCAGCCUUAAGGACAGUCACCAGGUUCAGGUUUCUUCUACCUCCAAACAUCAAAGUAUAGAAGAAACAGAGGUGGACACCUUAUGUGAUCUUCCUUCUCUUCCCCAAAGUAAUCUACCUGUGAUUUCACCUCUUGGUCAACACAAAAAAGUCACUAGGCAUAUGGCACAGAAUUGUGAAUCCAACACUUGUAUGAUUCAUGAAUCUUUGGAUAUUUGUGGGACUAAACAGAGUUCUGGUCUCUCAGAAAUGGCAGAACUCAGUUUAACUAGUAUCUCCCCAAAGUUCCAAGAAACUGACAGCACAAAAGUAAAUUCACCUUUUUUGAGUUCUGAUAUUAGCGUGGAAAAAAAUGGGUUUUCAUCAGAAUAUUCAAGCUUGCUUGAUGUACCAUCUGUGCUGAGAUCAGCAAGGAAAGCCUCAUCUCACACCAAGAGAGAGGAACCUCAUUUUCUGAGUAGUGGUACUGAUAGUGCAUCCUUUUUCUCUGGUCAGCCAGAGGAAAUUAGCAUGGUUAUACAUUCAUAUGAUCCCUCAAAUAAUUAUGAUUCUGUGAAUGUUACUGAAGAUCUCUCAGGCGAAGAUGCCUCCAUAACUAAUCUGCUGGACCCUAGUAGCUUUUGCUUGGAAUUGGAGACACCUGUCCCAACAGGGGCAGAUGCAACCCCAUUUCAGGACCAUUUGGGGAUUCAUACUGGAAAGGUAGCUCUUGAUUUCCCAGCCACUGCCCAUUUGGACGAUAACAUGGAAGCAGAGACUGGAGCAGUUGCUGGGGCUCCAGCGUCAGUUAACAGCUCAAGCCAACAGUGUUCUGAAGCCUCUGUUGAGCAUGCAGAAGCGAGGAGAAGAGCACAUGACCAACUUUUGGACCUCAAAAGUGGUUUACUCAGAAAGGCUGACACAUUGAUUGAGGAGAUUUUUAAUUCUGUCAGAGAAGAACUAAAAUCCAAACACACAGUUGGUACCUGCCAGGAGCAUAUAUCCAUAGAUGGUGUAAUGAAUCCUGGUACUCUGAAGGACGAUAUCCCUGAGAAAAAAGAAUCAGAAGUGGCAUUAACAGGGAUCCAACAAAAAGGGUGUUUGGAAGAGCAGGGCAUGGAAAACAUGUCAGAAGUCAAAGAGGAAGAGAAAGCCUGUGUUUCAACUACAGUUGGUGAGACACAUCUUCUUUUUGAUUCUGUUAGAAUGAAUGUGUCUUGUGUGUUAGAAGAUCAAGCUAGGAAAUUAGUCAAUGAGGUUAUUUUUUCAGCCCAAGAACAUUUGAAAAAUGAUGCUUUUGAAGAUACUGAGGCUACCUGGGAUUCUGAGCCUCAGGCUCAUACUUCAAAAAUUCUGAACCGUGAUAGUGUUAAGCCAAGUGAUGUAGUUAGGGAGUUCUUGUUAUCAGAACAGGCAGUAAAUCAAAGCACGUGUGAAAUUAGUGAAAACACAAAAUUAAGAAGAUUCUUCUCCAUAAGUAACUUACUUAGUAGCACAGAGUCAAUUAAAGGAAGAGAUAUUUCUUUUUACCAAAAAUCUUCACUUUCUGGAAAUGAAAUUGGACAGUCUGAUAGUAUAAAUUUGCAAGAAUCAGAUACUGUUUUACUCCCUGAAGACAUGCCCCAUAAAGAGUUAGAUGAUAGAGUAAAAGCACAUUUAUUUGUCAAUGAGGACUGUAGAGAGACAAGAGAAAGAGAGCAUGUGGAUAUUCACAAAACUGGGACAGAAGACACAAGAACUCUUGUACUGAAUUUCAAAUGUCCUCCAUCUGUGAGUGAUAACAUUCUCACACCUGGCACAUCCAAAAGCAGUUUGUCUGAUAGUCUUGUAUGUAUAUCUGAAAAAAGCUUGCCAGAACAUAGUAAAAGCACACCCCUUGCAAUGUCAGGAAUAGGGAAAGUACACAAAAAGGAUGAAGUAAAUAUGGGAAAAAUUAAGCAUAUACCUUCCAUGUUAGAAAUGGGGAAAACAAACAAAAGGGAUACCGAAUUCAGUAUUAUGAAAUGUGAGGCAGUCCCUCCUGUGUUAGAUGCAGAAAGAGAUCAUAAAAUGGAAGCUGAAUUAAAUAUUACAAAAAUUGAGUCAGAUGCUGACAUCUUUAAAAUGGAAAAGGUGUACUCAGUGGGUGCUGAGAAGUAUGCUGAAAAACCUGAGGGAUUACCUGUCACUUUAGGAAUAGAAACAGCUUGCAAGAUGAGGAAUACUGAAGGGGACAUUGGCAAAACUGAGGUGAUGCCUCUUAUAUCAGAAGUAAAAAAUAUCCACCAAAAAGAUGCUGAAGGGGAUAUAGUAAAGAGUGAAAUGACACCUGUUGCAAGAGAAGUGGAAAAUGAUUAUCAAAAGCUUGCAGAAGGGGAUGUUGGCAAGAGUGGAGUGACAUCUGUUGUGUCAGAAGUAGAAAAUACCUGCCCAAGAGGUGGGGAGGAGAUUACCCAAGAGGCCAAGGCAGCAUCUGUUCCCUUAGAAAUGGAAGCUAUUUACCAAAAGGAUGCUGAAGGAGUUAUUAGAAAGACUGAGAGGCCUGUGUUGAAAUUGGAAACUACUCACCAAAAGGAUGCUCUAGGGGUUUGGGGGAAUACUAGAGUGGUAUCUUCUGUGAAAGAAGCACACAGGAAGGCAGCACCUGCCUCCUUAGAAAUGGGGAAAAAAUACAAGGUAGAUGCUGAAGAGACUAAAGGAAGAAAUAUGUUUAUGCCUUCUAAACUGGAAAUGAAAAUAACAUCCCCUGAGGAUCCUAGUGGGACUCUUAGGAAACAUGAAGAAAUACCCACAGCCAUAAAUAUAGAGAAAAUACAUGAAACAGAAUUGACCAUUACCCAAGUGGAAGGCAUGCCCACUGUAUUUGAAGCUGAAAAAUCAUCUCAAGAGUAUGCUGAAAGCAGUGUUGGAGACGUGGAGGAAGAGCCUACUGAAAUCAAGGAAAGCUUGAUAUUGCAUGAUAGCAGACUUGCCUCACACUUCAGGGGAUAUCAAUCACCUACAUUAAGUAAGGAUUAUGAGGGUUACCCGGCCUUAGCAAUGUCAGAUUUUCAACCUGAGGACACCGUAGUAAGGCUCAACAAAAGAGUGUCCAUCACUACAAUAUAUGACGCAAGAAGAGUUCUGGAUUUUAGUGAUGGGAAGGAAGAAUCUAGUUUGGCCUUUGUUUCUCAGGACGAACAAGAAAAUUCUUCCUUUACUAUAUUAUAUGAAGAGCCCCUUCAAGAGGAAGACAAGUAUGCUUCUGCAGAAGUUAGAGAAACCAGCUCUGUCUUAUUUCCCAAUGUGGCCCCUUCCUGCAUGCCUGUUUUGGCAUGUGAAAGGUCUGAGAGUAGAACUGACCUCCUCCAUCAUCUUGAAAAAGAUACAAAAUCAGAUGAGACAUUUGAUGGUGAUAGUUCAGAAACGUUCUUAUCAGUAGAGGCCAAAAGGUACAAAAUUUAUCCCUUGGCUUUGAGCCCCAUUUAUGAGGAUGACAGCUCACAGGAGGACAUUCUAUCCAGUGAGGUUUCUCCUGGUCAUCAAGGCUCCACUAAAUCCAGAGAGAGUGCAAACCAAUCUUCUUCAGUUUUGUCGCUUCUCCAGUCAGUAUCAGAGCGUUUAAAGAUGAAUUUUGAUGAAGAUGACAGAGAGGUGGCUGAGGAAGAAGAUGAGGAGGAAGAAGCAUUGCAGAGAGGAGGCCUGAGAGCUCAAAGAAAGGAUCAUGUUACCUUCCAGUUGCCAGAUCCUUCCAUCACAAGCUACCCUGACAAUGACCAGGAAAGCACUGGACUUUCUAAGAAUCCGCAUGUAAUGUCAAGUGACCCUGCUCCUUCCAAUCUGCAGAUUGGUCUGUGGCCAGAAAAGACUUUAUUUUUACAAAAAUCUGACCUUACUUCUAAAUUGCAUUCUUCUUUAAAGAGUGCUUAUCAUCAGUAUUUACAGACUUCUAAAACUCAUUCCUCGGAAAAAGGAACCAGAUUUGGUGGGUGUUUUCAGGAACCAGUGUCAAAAUAUUUCAGUGUUCAAGACAACCCAGGCAGAUUGGGCCCCUACACUGUGAAUGUUGACAGACAAAUUCUGAGAUGUAACCCAAGGCCUGGGAAGAUGGUUAUCUAUGAUCUCCAUGGAAGUGAAUAUAAACACGAGAUCUACUGUAAUAUUCCUGAUGCUACAGCAUGGUCUUUUCCCAAUGGGAUACUGAUAAAAGUUGUAAGAGGCUGCUGGCUAUUAUAUGAGAAACCACAUUUCCAAGGUCAGAAAUGUGUGUUAGAAGAAGGGGAAACAGUGUUAAAUCGUGACUGGAUUCUUCAGAACAGAAAACAUCCACAAAGAAAAUUUGUAUUGGGUUCUAUCAAACGUGUCUUAAAGGAUUGCAGCAUUCCAGAGAUAGAACUUUGCUCACAGUCUGACUCAGCUUAUUGUCCCAUCUACAUACAGCGAGCAGUCCCCAAUUUAGAAGAACUGAGUAUCCCCAAAUCUGUGUCUUUCACUGUGAAUUCAGGAGUGUGGCUUGCCUACCCAGAUAUUAAUUUUAAAGGUCAAGCUACAGUGUUGGAGGAAGACCAUGGGCUCUUUGAGAUUUCUGCAGCAGAAAUGAAAUCAUUGCUUCCACUUCAAAUGGGUGGACUGAAAGUGGAAAUGCCUAUGAACUUAAAGGUCAUUAUUUAUGAAAAACCUCACUUCCAUGGACAGGCCAAAGACUUUAGUGAACAUAUCGAUUCCGUCCCUGAUUUUUUAAAAAAUGAUGGGGAUUUUCAAGGAAUUGGAUCAAUUCGUGUCAUUGGUGGAGUGUGGGUCGCCUAUGCAAAAGAACAUUUUAAAGGCCAGCAAUUUCUGCUUGAAGAAGGACACUUUGAAGAUACUAAUGCUUGUGGGGCAUUAAGUGGUCCUAUCUUAUCUUUCCGGUACUUACAAGCUAAUUUUAUAGAAUCUUCCAUCACACUGUUUGAAUCUGACCUAGAAAGUGGGAAGUUUAUUGACAUUACAAAUCAGGAAAUUUCUGACUUGGAAGAAAUUGGCUUUGGCAGUGAAACAAGAUCCAUUCAUGUCAAAAGCGGAGUAUGGGUUGCCUACCAGCAGAAGUGCUUCUGUGGAGAGCAGUACAUUUUAGAGAAAGGGAAAUACAAAUGUUUUUUUGACUGGGGAGGAUCAAAUAAUAUAAUCAUGUCAAUCAGACCUAUCCAGCUGGAACCACUUGGGAUAAAUGAGCCUCCGCAUUUGCUCAAAGCAUUCAGUAAACCAGGGUUCCAAGGUGAAUGUAUAGAUUUUACAAAAGAAAGUUCUGAUUUGACUUCAUUUACACCAUGUUCUUUUAAAGUUCUUCGAGGUUGCUGGCUCCUGUAUUACCAAGAGGGCGUUUUUUAUAACCAGUGUGUAUUAGAAGAAGGCCUAUAUGCUGACCUUACUUCCUGUGGCUGCCCAACAUCUACAGUCAAAUCCCUCAAACCCAUUGACUAUAUUUUUGAAGAACCCUCAAUCAGCCUUUUUGCUCUGGAACAUUGUGAGGGAAGAGAGUUGCACCUUGAAGAGGCUGUGAACUCUGUUUUGAACAAGGACCUGCACUUCUAUACCCAGUCUGUAUGGGUAAAAAGUGGACUAUGGAUAGCAUAUGAAGGUCCCAACUUCCUAGGAAGACAAAUUCUACUUGAUCCUACUGAGAUCCCAAAUUGGACAGCAUUUAGUAGAUGGAAAACCAUAGGUUCCCUUCGUCCCAUGAAGCAGCCUGCAGUGUACAUCAGAAUAAAGAACCGAGCCCAAGAUGAAUAUCUGACAGUCACUGGAAAUUUAGCGGACACAAGGGCGAUGUCUGUGUGCAUCUCUCCCUACAGUGGAAAGAAUACUCAGAUCUGGUAUUACUGUCGAGGACUUUUUAAAUCCAAGGCCAGUGAUACAUGUCUUGAUGUGAUUGGUGGCCGGGACACACCUGGAGCUAAGGUAGCCCUAUGGACUGAACAUGGACAGUUCAGGCAAAAAUGGAGACUGAAUAAAAAUGGAACCAUCAGUUCUUAUCUCAGUGAGCAACUUGUCCUUGAUGUUAAAGGAGGAAACUAUUGUGACAAGACUCAUGUCAUUGUAAAUCAGCCCCUGGAGGGAAAAGAAACACAGAAAUGGGACAUUGAAAUACUGUGAGAAUCAACACCAUCCCUAGAAGGAGCAAAGGAACCUCAUCUCCCUCACUGAUGUAUGCAUGUAGAAAGGAAGCUACUGUGCCCUCUCUACUGAAUCGAUGCAAAGAAUCAACUUUUCCUUCAGGAGCUAAGACUGCUGCUCUUGCACUAUAUUCUUGCCAGUUACUCAGUGUAUCUAUGAAGAAAAUGGUAUGAUUUCUGGGAAAGGUUUUAUUCCUGAUGGAUUCCAGUUAUGGUGAGCAAGUUUCCGGAAGUCUGUGUUUUCUUUCCUAUCUACCAACCAUGAAUGCUAUUCCUGAUGGCCCAUUAUAGGAUGUUGGUGAUGCUGUCACCUGUAUUAGCUAUUAAUAUCCCAGACACCUGUAUGACUGCAAAACACAGGAAAAUAAACUAUAUCAUACUUUUGUAAAAAAAAUAAUUUUAGCAACAUGAUACUUUUGUAAAAAAAUAAUUUUAGCAACAUCUGAAAAUGUAUUUAAAAAGACUUCCUCUUAAGCUACUGCUGUGUGUAAAUAAGUCUUCAAAUUUCUAUAUUGAAGCUUUUAUAAUAGAAGUAUCCCAUGAGUAUUUAAAUACUUUUAACUGACUCCUUGGAGGGACCUCAGCUUUAUUAGGCAAAAGGCACCAGGACUGGAAUAUUUUCUGUGGCCAUUCUUUGCUCAGUCUUUCAAACUGAAAAUGCAUGUUACCUUGGAGUGCCAACCUCACAUUUUAGCAUUGGGUCACCUGUCCUGGUGCUGAUACCUUGCCCUAGAUUUUGCUUGAUUUGCCCUUAAGGAGAAAUGUUCAUGAAAAGUAUGACACUCCUAUAUAAGAGUCAAAUUUUUGUCUGCCUGAAAUAAAACUCUGUCCAAAUUUACUUUUCAAGUAAAGGUGCAGUUGAUUUCUCUACUAGUUUUCACUCCCAUUUUAAAUAGCUUAUAUUAAAGCAAAAUCAGGAAAUAAUUUUUACUUAGUUUCCAAUAAUCAUUACCACCUUUAAAAGCACAAUUCACAAGCAUUUUCCUUCCUGAGUUGGAUUUAAAUGUACCUUGAGACAACUGUUUCUUUCAUUCCCAACUUUUGCCAGAAUGCAGAAAAAUACUCUAUUUUUAUAUAGAAAGAUUAAAUUCUCUAAUGAUAUUUUAAAAAAUAUCAACCUAUAUGCACUUUAGAAUGUAAAAAUAACAAUAUUUUAAACUCAAGACCCACUAUUUUGAGUAUUUUUUAUAGACUUGGUGUUUCCAUGUAAAUAUUUUUUCCCCCUGAAAUCUCAGGCUUUUGUCAUCUUUUAAGCAGAAUCUAAAAACUUUCUCAAGUCCAUAGAUGUUGAGUGCCUCCCAUGGGUGUGGCUGUAUUAUUAAAUGAGACUAAUGUUAUAGGGAUAACUUUAUUUUAACAAGGAAGCUUGUGUAUACACCAAGGUAUGUAUAUUUUCAUUGUAAAAAAAAAAAACUUAAAAAUUUUCAUGUUAAUAUUUUAAAAAUUGUUCUAGAGCCAAGAAGGCGCAUUAAAGAAGUUAUUUCCAAAGAACAAAGGUUAAUGACAUUUUAGUUCUACAUGAUACAUUUUUGGAGUUGUGCCUUUUCUACCACACUGGAUUAAAUAAAUUUGUCAAAAAUA